AAUCGUUCUCUCUUUCCUUCCGCCAUUUUUAUUUUCUAGGUUGCAGAGUUAAGGGGAAGGUUUUUAAUUAGGGUUUUGCCGAGAGAGAGAGAUGAGCCGAAGUUUGGGAAUACCGGUGAAGCUUCUUCACGAGGCCUCGGGUCAUAUCGUGACGGUGGAGCUAAAGAGCGGUGAGCUCUACAGAGGAAGUAUGAUUGAGUGUGAGGAUAACUGGAACUGCCAGCUCGAGGAUAUUACUUAUACCGCCAAGGAUGGUAAGGUAUCUCAGCUUGAGCAUGUCUUUAUUCGAGGCAGCAAAGUCAGGUUUAUGGUCAUACCAGACAUUCUUAAGCAUGCUCCAAUGUUCAAGCGUUUAGAUGCUAGAAUCAAGGGAAAGAGCUCAUCACUGGGUGUUGGCAGAGGUAGAGCUGCAAUGAGAGGAAAACCGGCUGCUGGGCGCGGAACUGGAGGAAGGGGAGCGGUACCACCUGUUAGGAGAUGAUUGAAUUUAUGUCCAACAUGUAAGCUUUGAUUCUGAGACAGUCUUUCUGCAAUAUCCAGGUGAAAGCCGCGAUUCUUGGUUCUGUCAUUUAUGCUUUAAGGGUACACUGUAAAACCAAACAAGAGAGAACGAGAGAUAUGUCCAGAUGCACCAGUCGUUCUGUAUUUUUGGGUACCAAGUAUGUUUGAACCAGUUGACAAGUUUUCAUUGUGAUCUCGUUUAGAUUUGCGCA